AUGAUAAGACGAGGAAGGAACGUGGCUACAGCUAUAACCCCCCUUUUCAGGACGAUCAGAAAGGUCCAAACGUCUGUGGGGAGGACCCCCGGGAAGAAGCAUUCGCCGAACCGUCAGGAUGACGUCAGCUACCGAAGCGAUAAUGAGUUCUACCACCUGAACGAUGAUUUGAGCUUCCUAAACGAUGACAUCAAACACAAUUUGUUCAGGCUAAAAUGUAUGGAACAGAAAAAAAUAAAAACGGACCGCAUUGUGUAUAAAAAAAUAUUAAAGGACCUUUUGAAAAAAAAGGAAAGCUUCGUGGCGAAUGACAUGGUAGAGUUUUUGUACAUACUAAUUUUUAACGACUUGUACCACCUAGACAUAUGCUCCAAUUUUUUUUCUCAUUUUUACAACCGGUGUGUGUACUCCGGGAGGUACCUGGAGGGCGUGCACGUGAACAGCGUGGUCCACCUGAUCUUUUCGUUUUACGUGUUUGAAGGGUAUGGCUUCUUCGGGGGAGCAGCCAAUCGGGGGGUCCCCAAUUGGGGGCGCACCAAAAGGGAGGACAACACGAAGGACAACAUGAAGGACAACACGGAUGUGUCUACCGCACGGUACCGCGAGUACCACCGUAACGAAGCGCACAUGAGCUUCCACCUUUACACCCACCUGGCACGAUAUAUUCACUUGAACAUGGAGCACAUAAACAAAAGCCACCUGAUAAAGAUGCUGUUAGUCCUUUCUCAGUUCACGUCCAACUGGGGGGCCACUGCAUUCAUGCAAAAUGAAAACACGGAAACGGUAGAACAAAGCCGCGGCGUGAAAGACGUGGGGAUGAAUUUAUUCCCCCUGAUCGAAUCCUUCGCAGAAAAAAUUGACAUAGCCAAAGAUAUAAAAAAGGUAUACUCACCAGAAACGAUAAAUGAAAAGGAAAAGAAAAAAAAAAAAGAAAAAUACUUAAACAUGAUUGAUAAUUCGAGUAAAAAUUUUAUUUACAUUGACAACGAAUCAAAUGACAACAAAUUGAUAUGCCUCUUUUUUUUCGUCUUGUCGAAGUUGUUUUUUCCUGUUUGUCCGAACUUGCUUUUUCACGUGAAGGGUAAUCUGGAGGGGAGUCCCCCCCACAUGAGUGGACAGUCCUAUAAGCAGCUCUCCCAAGAGGAGACGCUCAUUUGUGAAAAAAAAAACGGACAUGGUACGAUGGAAGAAGCACAUACUCUUUUUUGCAAAGAUAGAAAGACAGCUAACCGGGGUUGCGAAAAAUUAAAAUUUACCCUCGUGGAUAUGUUUAUGAGCCAUUACAAGCAAGUCGAACUGCGCAAUCAUGUUUUUUAUCGAAACGUGGAUACACAGAAGAGCGGCUUGGAAAACUACGAAACGUAUAAGAAUAAUAUUUUGAGGGCCAUGCGGAAAUAUGUCUUCCUGGAUGAAAUUUACAGCUUGGGGGUAUACUACAAGAUAGUGUUUUUCAAGGCCAUUUAUUCUCUGCAUUUUUUUCAGUUUCCCUUUUUGCGCCACUUGUACGAGAUUCACUCGUAUGCGAUCAAUAGCAACGUGGACCAUUUGGACUACAGCGAGCGGUUGCAUUUUAGCGGUGAGGUGGUCGAGCUGCGUCACCCAGAAAAAACGUGCGCACAGGAGGAACCCCAAAAGAGAUGCGACGAACGGGCAAAAGACAAAAUCGUGGAACUCGCAAAAAGAGGAGACAUCUUCAACAAUGCGUACGUAAACCUACUGAACUAUAUUGAAAGCGAUAUAAAAAAUUGCUCCCCAGAGGAAGCAUUAAACACACUGCUGCAAUUGCACUUGCUAAGAUUUGUAGACAACCACUUCAUCUUACCACUAAUUUCGAAGCUCUGCAACAGCACUGACAAGCUCCGAAAUGAACACAAAAAAAAAAUGAACGUAAUUAUCAUAUCUAUUCUGUCUUUCCUUUCUCCUCAUAUUGCUUCCAUCGAGUCAGUGCAAAAAGGGCCACUUCGCGACGUGAACGUAUUUAAUCACACGUACUGCAACAAUGAUGUUUAUGUGGGGCACCUGCAGAAGCUGCGGGAGUUCGUGGAGCUCCUACAUAAUAAACAGAUUUUUAAGAGGAAGAGGAAGGAGUUGCUCUCUUGGUCAAACUACAAGUGUGUGUAG